CAUCUCUGGAUUUCCAAAAAAGAAAAGAAUUUGUUGAGUUACUAGUUUUGAUUUGCCUGCCACCGAUAGGGGGCGGUGGAUCAAAAUUCAGUGCUUUGAACGUUGAAAUUUUGAGUAUUUCCAACCUGAACUCUCUCUCUUUUUCUCCCAUCUUGUCAUCAACAUUUUUUCUUCAUUGGUAUAUGCUUGAGGAGGGCUUGUGAUUUCAACCCUAAUUGGAAAGCCAACAAAGUCAUCAUCAUCACAUGGUUGAUUCAAACAUUUCCUAGCGCUAGAGAUAGCUAGUACCAACACUUCUGAAGUGAAAGGUUAGAGGGUGCCAAAAUUCAGAGGGUUUCAUCUACAAAAUGACGUCAGCUGCGGUGAAAGGCCAGAUGAAAGGCCUCCUUAAAGGCCUUAGAUACAUAUCUCAAAUAUUUGAUGAGGAGGAAGAACACCAGGAGAUAGAAAUUGGGUUCCCAACUGAUGUAAAGCAUGUGGCACAUAUAGGAUGUGAAAAUUCAUCAACAACUGCACCAAGCUGGAUGACUGAGUUCAAAGAACCAUCGGAACUUCAACCUGGAGCAACAGAAGAAAACUCCAAUAAGAUGCCUGAAGAGAAUAGUGAUACCAACAAUAAUAGUAGCAAAGGUGAAGGGAAGCGAAGCCACCACCUUCGAAAGCCGAGGCAACGUUCUGCAUCAACAGACCAAUCCUCUUCAACCAACUCUCCACCAAGAGAGGGUUCUUCCUCCGUCGAAGGAUCGUCGUUGAAUCCCAACAAGCCCUCUCGACGACACCAUUCCUCCGAAUCUGCUAGAAGGCACCACCGUCACUCGACGGAGGAGGAAGAAAACAACAACAAGCCCAAACACUCUCAUCGGAGAAAGUCCAAAACAUCCUCUGACGACAAGGAAGGUUCCGCUAGGCCCAGAAGCCGAAGGUCCUCCAAGAAUGAUUCCUUGUCUGAUAUCUCUUGUACAGAUCUUGGGCCUGGGCCUGGGCCUGGGUCUGCGGCCCAGUAGAUUUUCUAUCUUGAGGAAUAAUAGUAUAUUUUAUUCAGUUUCAGACAAAAACAAAAACAUUUUUUUAUUAUAUUUUAAUUUUUUUUGGGUACUAUGGAGGGCCAAAGCUCAGGGAUUACACUAAAGUCCUUCUAGGAAAGGAUUACAAAAAGCAUAUCGACCAUUAGAGAGAGAUUUCAGGGGCAUGGAUUUAAUCUUGCUUUGUUAAUUAUUUAUACAACAUGAUCUUGUUGCUUGAUGUUUUGACAUCAACUCUUUAAAUGCCACUGUUCUUUUAUGUUUC